AUGGGUUACAAUCCUGUCCGUCGUUUGGGUAACCACGGGUUUAGAACGACAUCACCUACUUUCUCCUUUCUCCUUUCUCCUUCGAUCGUCUACGGCCUACGCUUCCUCCCUCCGUUCUUCUACGCCCCUGCCUCCGCCUCUGCUCUUUCGAUUGUCUACUCCUCCUCCUUGGCUUUUCUCCUCGGCUAUCGGCUAUUUCAUACCCAGAAGUGUUGGAUCCUGAGCAAGCAGUGGAAGAGCUAUCUGGGUAGACAUGGAUCGAAAGAGAAAGAGGAAGAUUGUGACAACUCUAGUUACAGUAGAGUUAGAGAAACAACGUUUGUGUGCAUCCAUGAUGUUAGUAACUGUCAUAUAUGCUCUGACAGCAUGGUACUAUGA